AGUGGCAGAUCGAGUCCCAGUUCCAGCAGAGUCCCACUCGGCCACGAAAAGCUCGCUUUCGAAAUCUCUUCUCUUGUCCAAACCGAACCAAAAUCACACCACUUAAAUCUCUGCGAUUCAUAACGAAUCGCCACAGUUAAUCAAAGCAUUAAACUAGAGAAAAAAAAGGAGAGAGAAAGGAGAGGGGAAGAGGCGAGGAGAGAGAAGGAAGAGAGAGAGAGGAGGAGCGAGGGAGGACAGAGAGGGAGACCAUCCCAUUCGCGGACUGGUUCGGGUCCAUUUGGGCGGCGCCGCACGCAGCAGGAAGAGACUAGCGCGAGGCGAAGCGUCAAAUCCCUCUCCGCCACCGCGGGAACCACAGCAGGCAUUUAGGAUGGUGGAUAAGAAUGAUGGGUCUGAAGGUCUUAAAUUCAACACUUCGCACUUGAUUCAAACGACUGAAGAGGUUGCCAGAGCGUUUAUCGCUGCGGCUUCAGCUGCCACUGCACAGUCUGCACGGCCAUCUGUCGUGUAUUCAUCCAAAGACGAGAGUGGCAGCCCGAUGCAGAAGCUUCAGCAGCAAUUUUCGAAAAUCCUGAAGGGAUUCUCGACCUCACCUGAUGUAUCUGGACCUUACAAUCCGGAAGUGCUCACGACACAAAAACAACAGUGGUCAAGAUUCCAACUGAAGUCAUUGGGUAAUAGGUGCAUCAGAGAACCGUCACAUCUGUUUGAGGGCAUAGUGAUUGUUGGGCUUCCACCUCAGGCAGAUAUCCAUGAGCUGGAAAACAUUGCGCUAGGGAGAAAUGAUGAAGAUGGAAAGAGAUCAAGAAACAUAUUUGGCAACAGCCACCACCAAGUUCAUGCAAUAUCAAAUUUGGAACCUCAGAUUCUUUUUGCAUACCCUCCGGAGAAGCCUCUUCCAUUAAAGUACAAGGAUACCCUCUCUUUCUGCCUUCCGGGAGGUGUACAGGUUCGUGCUGUUGAACGGACUCCUUCAUUCAGUGAGCUGAAUGAAAUUCUCCUGGGGCAGGAGCAGCUUAAAGAAAGCAACCAAUCUUUCGUGUUCCGUUUACAGGUUGCUGAUGACUCUACACUAUAUGGAUGUUGUGUAUUGGUUGAAGAGAUUGUACAGAGACCAUCAAAGCUGGUUUCAAUGCUCACGAAUGAAAAGCCAGUCUUUCCACGCCGGAGUCAUUACGUGAUAACUACGCCCCGGUGUUAUUGCAUCCUAACGAGGCUUCCGUUCUUUGAACUGCAUUUUGGGGUGUUGCAGAGUAUUCUUAUGGAAGAACGUCUCGAAUGGCUCACAGAUGGUGUUAACAUGCUAACUUCGUUAUCACUUGAGGAAACCUUUGAGGAGAAUGAUAUUUGUGAAGGAAAUGGAGUUACAGCAGAGAAACAGUAUUUGGGUGGUAGCACAACAGAUAUGGAUAGAUCAUCUGAAUCAAGCAUGGGAGUUUCGUCAAAGGAGCUUUCGUCAAAGGAGCUGUCUGACACUGACAGCAGUUCUGGGUGUAGAGAGAGCCAACUUGACUUUGUCUCUAAAGAAGUCCAACAGCAAAAUAGUUCUUGUGGCAACGAAGAACAGAAUGAUCUUGGAACGGAACCUGUCACCCAUUGUGAUACUCCUGAAGGGUCCGAUCAUUGUGUUCCAGAAGAUUUAUCAUCCGAUCAAUCUGGAGCUAAGCAUCAUGAACUUGAUUCUGCACCAGAUAUCCAGAAAGGAUCUGGCGCGAAGGAGAAUGGUGAUGAUUCUACACAAGGAAAUGUGGAUAAUGAGCAGCUUGAUCUCUUUAUUACUGAUACUAUUUUGCCACUUAUGCGAUCUUGCCUUUGUGAAGAUUGUGAAUCAUCUCCAAGUUCCAAGGAUUCUCCUUCUGAAGGUAGAAAUUUUAGAAGUUACACCCAUGGAUUGGCUGUGGACGAACCAUCUUCCAUUGGUCAUGGAGACUUAGUUAGACACAACAACAUACUGUUAUGGGCUAAGGCAAAAAAGUAUGGUUCUCUGCAAGUUGUCUGUCAGUACUAUCAGCUGCAGUGUCCUGCCAGGGGUUCAUCACUUACUUUUCAUCCCUUGGAGCACCUGCAUCCUUUAAGUUUUCACCGGCCAGGUGAAACAGUUCUUCAUAUUGCUGGUUCUACUAUUGAGCUUAGGUCACGUGAUACAAGUUUAGAGGUUGCUGAGAUGCUUAAUGCACUCUUUGCCGAGGAGGAGUCGACUGCUUUAUCCACAUGGGCUGUGGCAUCCAUAUGUGGAUGCCUUAGGUUGGAACAUGUAAUGACUUUUUUUGCUGCUGCGCUCCUGGAGAAACAGAUUGUUAUUGUCUGUUCUAAUCUGGGAAUGCUAUCAGCUUCAGUUUUGUCCAUCAUACCUCUAAUACGCCCAUAUCAGUGGCAGAGCCUACUCAUACCGGUUUUGCCUAUCGACAUGAUGGAUUUUCUGGAUGCACCAGUUCCAUACAUAGUUGGUGUGCAGACCAAGACAUCUGAUGUACUGAACAGGCUAGCAAAUGCUGUGGUCAUUGAUGCCAACAGGAAUCAGAUUAAGUCUGCUUCAGUCCCGCAACUGCCACAGCAUAGGGAGUUGCUCUCUGCCUUGCGUCCAUAUCAUUCCAGACUUGUGGGAGAAAGCUAUCUUGCAAGAAAGCGUCCUGUUUACGAAUGCACGGAUGCCCAGGUGGAAGCGGCCAAAGGUUUCUUGGCAGUGCUUAGAGACUACCUUGAUACUCUGUGCUCGAACUUGAGAUCUCAUACAAUUACCAAUGUGCAAUCUAACAAUGACAAGGUUUCCUUACUUUUAAGAGAGAGCUUUAUUGGUUCCUUCCCAAGCCGGGAUAGGCCCUUUAUGAAGCUUUUUGUGGACACACAAUUGUUCUCAGUACAUACAGACCUAGUUCUCUCCUUUUAUCAGAAGGACUAAGUGUCUGUUAAGGACUUGAGUGUCUGCCUCAUCUUGCCAAGCCUUUAGGUGCUGAGCUCAACUGUACAUAUCGAUAUAGAAUAGAUGAGCUGCCUUCAUUACUUUGGCAGCUCAGAGUUGGGAUAAGAGCUGCAACGGACAACCCAUAUACUGUCAGAAGGUAGAUUAUCGAGAUCCAGAUAUGGAUAUUGAACAAGAGCGCCCCUAUACCUGUUGUAAAUUAGUUUGGUGUGGUUGACCCACAUCUAAGAUUUUGUAGGCAAUAGUAGGUGGCCAUCAGAAGCCUUUAUGGUUUGUUCCUACAACGCCUGCACUCUAAUGGAACCAAGUCUGCAGCAAAAUCUUCCAGACGUGAGUGUGCAUUUCGCAACUUAAUCAGUAUGCAACAUGACAUCCAAGAACUUAUUUGAAGAAUGUCAAGAAUCCAAGAGUUGCUGUUGCAGUGCCAAAGCGUAGCUUGUUUCUCACUUUCUUGAGCUGUGAUAUACCGCCUGAUGUCGAUCUAUAUGUUGUAUUUUUCAUCAAAGCAUCGGUGCCGAAGUGCACUGUUACAGUGCCAGAGGUCAGCUUGCAUCUCAUUUUCUUGAGGUGUGGUACAAUGAAUGAGGCUGAUCGAUAUGUUGUAUUUUUUGCCAUCUAACAUCAGUGUUAUUUUCA